ACAAGGAGUACGAAAAGGCAAAAAAAGGAAGAAAGAAGGUUAUCGCGCAAGAGUGCGUUGACGCCAUUAGGAGCAACGGAGGCCUAUUUCUAAAGCAGGAUGGCAACAAGUGGUUUGUAGUGGACAUUGAGGUUGCCAUCAAGAAAGUCGGUGCACUUUUUCGAUCACUUCGGCUAAGGAAAGCUGGGCCAAAGUAA